AUGGGCUCAAGACUAGAAUCAGGCUCUAAUGCGGUGCGCAAGAGAAUCGAGAACCAUGUAUUUGACAAUGAAAAUGGAGAAGAAUAUGAGGCGUCAAGCUUCGGGGGUUUUGGCGAUUAUAUCAGACGCAAGAAGCUCAAACUCCAGAACCUUGACACAGAAAUCCGUGCCUCAUCGCCGCAAAACCCACCUAUAUUCCGUGGAGUGGUAGCACACGUUAAUGGUUACACACAACCUUCUCUGAGUGAUCUCCAUCACUUGAUCGUGAGCCAUGGAGGAGGGUUUCUUCAAUAUCUGGAUGGGAAAACGUCCGCCACUCAUAUAAUUGCAAGCGCUCUAACUCCGAAGAAACGAGAAGAAUUCCGCAAAUAUCGCAUUGUGAAGCCUUCAUGGGUCGUUGAAAGCGUAAAAUCUGGACGUCUUUUGCCAUGGGAUGGUUUCAGGGUAGUAGAUGAAGGGCAGUCCCAGAAAGUGUUGAUGUUCGGAGGUGAUGGCCAAAUACAAAGUCAGGCGAACACUCAAAAUCGAAGCUACCGCGAUCAAACAAAUACGAGUUUGUAUAUAUCUCAAAUGAAAUCCAAACCUACAGAUGCCGACGACCCUAUGGAAAUCCCUAGGGACGCUGCCUCGGCAUACGACGGGGUUAUAGGUGAAACUUGGUCUUCCUCACAAAACGAACACCAGACAGUCCUGGAUGCUGCAAUAGCUACAUUUCCUGCGCCUGAAUCCGACCAGAAAAUCACUGAUUCUGGUUCUCCUACAAAAGCAGCAAUUCUAGAGUCACCCGAUGAGGCACGGAUGGUUGAACAUGUUAUGCAUCCCGAGGCCAUUCCUAACAAACAGCAAGGAAACGACGCCCAUUCCUCAAUGACUCCGGAGAUGUACAAUGCACAGCUUCUUUCAGCUCCUCAUAUGCGAAAUUCAAGCGUCGUUAACCCAGAGUUCAUACAACAGUUCUAUCGUGAAUCCCGUCUUCAUCACCUUUCUACGUGGAAGGCUGAACUCAAGGCCAAACUUCAGGCUGCCGCUCAAGAGAAAGUCUCAUCGCGCAAAGGGAAGAAAACUCAUGUUUCUGGGGCUCGGAAAUACAUUCUGCACGUAGAUUUCGACAGCUUUUUUGCUGCUGUGUCUUUACAAAAGCAUCCCGAACUAGUUGAUCAGCCAGUUGCUAUCGCGCACGGCACUGGCCCUGGGUCCGAGAUUGCGAGUUGUAACUACCCGGCACGUUCAUUUGGUAUCAAAAACGGAAUGUGGAUGAAAGGGGCACUACAAAUGUGCCCGAACUUGAAAGUGCUUCCUUAUGAUUUCGCUGCAUACGAGGAGGCUAGUCGAAAAUUUUAUGAUGUCAUACUUUCGAUCGAUGCAGUUGUUCAAAGCGUUAGCAUUGAUGAAGCUCUUGUAGAUAUCACAAAUCUCUGUCAAGACGCUGUUGGUUCCAGGGGCCGGGAUAUCUCGGAAGACUCGAUAUGGCGGGAGCAGGAGAAGGCCGAUGAGAUUGCACAAAAACUGCGUGAUUCUGUUAAGGAGCAAACUGGCUGCAAUAUCUCCGUGGGCAUUGGUGGGAACGUGUUGCAGGCCAGGGUUGCAUUGCGGAAAGCGAAACCGGCUGGACAAUUUCAACUCAAGCCGGACGCAGUUUUAGAUUUCAUAGGAACCCUUACCGUGAAGGAUCUCCCUGGUGUGGCUCACAGUUUGGGUGCGAAACUCGAAGAACUUGGCGUCACUUUCGUGAAGGAUAUCCGUGAGCUUAGCAAGGAAAAAUUGAUAUCUAGUCUAGGGCCAAAGACUGGGACCAAGCUAUGGGAUUUUUCUCGAGGAAUCGACAAUACAGAAGUGGGAUUCCAUCCCCCUCGAAAAUCGGUAUCUGCUGAAAUCAGCUGGGGUAUUCGGUUUGUCAACCAAGCGCAAGCUGAAGAAUUUGUCCAAAGUUUAUGCGACGAACUCCAUCGAAGACUUGUUGAGAACCUCGUAAAAGGAAAACAGUUGACCAUGCGGAUUAUGAAACGAUCGGCAGAUGCUCCUUUGGAACCUGUUAAACAUCUCGGACACGGCAAAUGUGACACGUUUAAUAAAAGUGUCAAUUUAGGGGUAGCUACUAAUGCCAGCGAUAUCAUCGGGCGGGAGGCAAUUUCAAUCCUAAGAGGAUUCAAAUUCUCUCCAGGUGACUUGCGCGGCCUUGGGGUUCAAAUGACGAAAUUAGAACCCGUUAAGCAGAAUAAUGCGAAUGAAUCGGAACGCACCCAAAAGCAGAUUAGUUUCAAACCAGCAAGUCCUCCUCCGCAACGAGAAACGCCGAUAGAUCCUGAUGAAAUCAGCACCCCGCGGAAAGAGGACACGAUUAGCGAUUAUUUGCCGAAUUCCUUCAAAUCUGCUCCAGCUUUAGCCGAUACCUCCCAAAAGCCAUUGAAUCUGACAGGGACACAAUUUGUGAUGCCAACCCAAGCCGACCCAAAAAUGCUUGUAGAGCUACCAAUAGAUAUUCGAUCGAAAUUUGUUCCUCAGAAUCCCAUUCAGGAGCCCCGGAGUCAUGAUAGAUCUCCACAUAGAGGGAUGCCAUCUCCAGUUGCACAUCUACCGCCUCAAUCACAGCUAGAUCAAGAAAUGCUCGCUGAGUUGCCUGAAGAUGUUCGAAUGGAAAUCCUAGGUUACUAUAAGCGACCAUCAAGUCCUCACCCGGAAUCACCUCAACUUGGCACCCCACGGCAUAAUAAACCUGCCAUCUCAAAAGCUAUCAAGAGAGCUACCACUCCAACAAAACCACGUGCUGGGCGCGGACGCGGACGGCCUAGUAACAAACCCGUUGGGAAUAGUACCCUCAUGCAAUCUAGUUUCAUUUUUACACGGCCUUCAAACGAGCCGACCACGGUCCAGGAACACGUGCGCUCCCCUGGCUCGCCUCAUAUCGAAACCGACGGUAUUUCUUCAGAUUUCCUUGCUGCGUUGCCAGACGAUAUUCGUCGGGAAGUACUCGAAGAGCACAAACGAUCGCGUCUCCAAAAAAGAGCCGGCCUCAACCUACCUCCCCCGACCCGAAGAUCCCUUUUCCCCAAGCCAGCUGCGCGAGUAUCAGAGCAAAAAACGAUUAGCCUCCCUCCUCGCCCGGAAAAGCCUACCUUUACAUCUAAGAAACUCUCAUCUCUCCCAGAGCUGCGCAAAGCCUUGGACGAAUGGUACGGAGCUUUUGAGACUGAGCCCCCAUAUGAUGAGGAUGUAACUACACUGGCGAAGUAUUUGAAACGUGUGGUCCUCGAGGAGAAGGAUAUUGCGAAGGCAGUUGCAGUGGUUGGGUGGCUGUCAUGGUUGAUUGAGUCUUCGACCCCGGAAGAGAACCCGCCAAAUGAGGCUGGAAUCUUACCGGAGGUGGGUUCGUUUAGCACCAUCAAGGGUAGACAAGCGAGAGAGGGUUGGGAUAACGCACUGCAGAGCCUUCGUGAUAAUAUUAGCGAUGCUGUCCAAGAAAGAGGCUUACCCCCUGUUGAAUUUACUUGA